CUAUUUGGGAUCACUCUUUUUGGAGUAACUUACAGCGUUUUCUAUGUGCACUGGACCAGAAAUACUAUAAGCCCACAUUGGAAUGAUGGUCAAAUCGAUCAUAUACUACGGGUCAGAUGGCACCGAUCACCAAACGUACACCAGAGACCGUUAUACAUUUAUCCAUUUCUGAUUGGUAACCAAGGACCAAAUAAUCAAUUGCAAGCACUGGUUACAGCAAUAGGUGUUGCUAUUCUUACAAACAGGACAAUUGUUGCUAGUGAUUUCUACGAUCAUCAAAGUGGAACAUUAAACAAACCUUACCCGAUGAAUGAAACCAUUGAUAUUCAUGAACUUGGUAAACUUAUUACAAUCGUGACUGAACACCAAUUUUAUAAAGAUUGUGGUCAUUAUGUUACUGCUCUGAUAAAUGGUAUCGUCGGUCGUAAUAAUGAUACUGACGGAAAGAAAUUGCACACAUAUAAAAGCUUCAUACAAUCACAUAGUAACAUUUCAGUGCCAAAGGUACUUGCUAAUGGAAAUAAUCUCUUUGGCUUGAAACACGUAUUACCAACGUUCAACACAAAUGUUCAAGACAAUUUUGACAGAUGCUUAGGGUACAUUUAUCCUUACGGAGACUCUGCACAACUGUUUUUAGGACGACAAGAAUUACGGUCUUUGAUAUUUAAGCAUUUACGUAGACCAGAUUUGAUUAAAAAGCACCAGCAAUCAAUAUCAAAAUCACUGUGGAAGUCGGGUGGUGUUCUCGGCGUUCAUUGGCGACUGAAUAAGGAAUGGCAGCGGGUUUGGUGCCGCGGUAAUGAUUCAUACAGCCAAAAAUAUGCAUGUAAAGUGGCACGCAUUGACAAAGCAUUCAUCGCAAAGCGUUUGGUGAACACAAUGACAAUGCUCAAUUUGUCAAAUAUUUAUCUCGCAAGUACACAAGACUCUGAGAAGCAGAUUAUUUCAUUGGAAGUCCUCUAUCAUCAUGGACAGAUAAUGUCAUUCGGCAAAGAGAUUACAAACAGACGUCAAUUAUUUCAAAGAUACUGUUGUCACCACUACAAAAAACUUGAGGAACACAGUGGGUACCUGGUAGAUUUGAAUAUCAACGUUCGGACUGUAGCUAUAACGGUAGUUUUCCACCGACGAAUUUAUUUCACUCUGCAAAAGUUACAGACUACAAAAAUCUGCUGAACCGGACCACUAAAAGCAAAACUAUCUGGCAUAGGACUUGCGCAAGAGGCACAUAGUCAAUCUGGAUUAACAUCUAGAGAGCUGAGUACAUAUUCUAUUGGUAUUUGCUUCAAUGACUGGGUAAUAAAGCACAGUGACAUUUGGAAAUCUGUGUGCAACAUUACAAUCACAAUUUAAUUCGUUAUUUUGUUUAUACAAAUGUACUCAUAUUUAAACAUACAGUAGUCAAGUAUUUCUAUAAACAGGCUGUUCUAAUAAAACCUCCUGUUUGUUUACGUUAUGUACAUAAUUGCAAUCUAUACCGGUCACUUUAUAAUUCAACACAUUGAGAGGUUUAUUUCUUUUGUGUAAGUUUUGAAGAUUAGUUUUACUGGGCGAGCAUAGAUUUAAUAUUUAAUGUUCUCCUGAAGUAAAGUCGAAAUGGUGAAAUAUAUUGCUCCGAGGUAUGUGGAGACCGUAGCCUCUCUUAGGCUACGGUCUCCACAUCACCGAGGGGCUAUAGAUUUCACUGUUCCCUGAAUCUAAAGCAGUCAAUAUUUGUUUUAUAUACCUCGUACAUAGAUUGUACGAGACCUAAAAAUAAUGAAAAUAGUACACAGCAAAAAAGUACUAUCUCAUAGGGUAAUAGCAGUGGCGGACCGCAGGGUAAAAUGGCAUAUCUAGAAUGUACGAGGGUAGCACAUGCAACCCCCUCCCCCUAAAAAAAAUACUCGCCCAUCCCAAGUCGCUUCCACCCCCACCCACAAAUCAUCCUCAAGUAGUUAAAAAUCACCUCAAAUCAUGUUAUUUUGCAAGUUAGACCCCUCACCUAAUCACCAAUCCCCCACUUUACCUUUCUACCCCCAUCAGCUCCCUUCCAUUUCAAGACCCCUAUGCCACUGAUGGUGGGCCUGCUAGUAGGAAAUGUUUGUAACAGAUUGCGUUCUGUAGUCAAAAUACAAUGUAUGUUAUUUUUAAUACCAGCAUCGUUGUCUUCUUUUCAAAAGAAUUCUUAUUCCUGUAUUUUAACAAAUUUCAAUUCAAAUAAUAAUAAUUCAAAGUUUCUUCUAUACUGGUCAUAUGUAUGUAAAUUUAUUUACAUUCAGAUUAGGCCUAUAGAUAGAACACCUGAUCAGCAGUGGAGGUCCCGAUUUGUGAGCAGAAGAGUAUGCGCACGUACUAUUGGAAGCACUGCUUCCAUUCCCGUGUUAAAUUGGCUAUUCUGACGCCACCACACGGUUGUCACAGUAGCAAAUUUAGGCGUUGUAGGGUAUAAUGCUCUGACUCCCAUUGACUCACUGAAUACGUAAUUGGCUGAUAUUGGAAACCAGCCAUGCAGAAAUUCUAAGCAGCUGAGAGUACGAUGCCAUUGAAAAACUUUGCUAUUACAAUGAAAUGUAGCAUUCCACUCGAAAAAUUUAGGUUUAUAUAGAAGACUCUGACUAAGAAAUGCUAAAAAAAGAAAAAAAAAAAAA